AGCGCGAUUUAAAGGUGCUGGCGGCGCCCGCCGGAGACGAGUGCGCCGGCUCCGCGCUCUGCCCGGCGGCCCGCGGGCGACCACCGACUGCGGGACGGACGAACGGCCGCGCGCGGCGCCGGAACCCGGGCCUCGGGUCGCUCGGCGGCGGGUUGUGGCCGCGGCGGACGCCCCCUCCGUCCCGGGCGCACGGCCUCAGCGCGCUCGGCGGCUGCCCCCGCGCGGGCCGGGCAUGCAGCGGGCCCCGCGCUGAACGCCGGCGGCCAGUGCGCUCCGGGGCCCGGCGCCCCAGGCGGUGCUCCCGGCGUCCGGAGGGUGCCCCGGCGGCGGCGCGGCGCGGGGGCUCGCGGUCGGUCCCCGGCCUCUCCCGGGCGCGUCUAUGAGCGCAGCGUUCCCGCCGUCGCUGAGGAUGAUGCAGCGCCCGCUGGGGACCAGCACGGCCUUCAGCAUAGACUCGCUGAUCGGCAGCCCGCCGCAGCCCAGCCCGGGUCACUUCGUCUACACCGGCUACCCCAUGUUCAUGCCCUACCGGCCGGUGGUGCUGCCGCCGCCGCCGCCGCCGCCCGCGCUGCCCCAGGCCGCCCUGCAGCCCGCGCUGCCGCCCGCGCACCCUCACCACCAGAUCCCCAGCCUGCCCACCGGCUUCUGCUCCAGCCUGGCGCAGGGCAUGGCGCUCACCUCCACGCUCAUGGCCACGCUGCCCGGCGGCUUCUCCGCGUCGCCUCAGCACCAGGAGGCGGCGGCCGCCCGCAAGUUCGCUCCGCAGCCGCUGCCCGGAGGCGGCAACUUCGACAAAGCCGAGGCGCUGCAAGCCGACGCGGAGGACGGCAAAGCCUUCCUGGCCAAGGAGGGCUCCCUGCUCGCCUUCUCCGCGGCCGAAGCGGUGCAGGCGUCGCUCGUCGGGGCUGUCCGAGGGCAAGGGAAAGACGAGUCAAAGGUGGAAGAUGACCCGAAGGGCAAGGAGGAGAGCUUCUCUCUGGAGAGCGAUGUGGACUACAGCUCAGAUGACAAUUUGCCUGGCCAGCCUGCUCACAAGGAAGAAGACCCCGGCCACGCGCUGGAGGAGACCCCGCCGAGCGGCGCUGCAGCGGGCAGCACCACCUCCACGGGCAAGAACCGGCGGCGGCGGACUGCCUUCACCAGCGAGCAACUGCUGGAGCUGGAGAAAGAAUUCCACUGCAAAAAGUACCUCUCCCUGACCGAGCGCUCGCAGAUCGCCCACGCCCUCAAACUCAGCGAGGUGCAGGUAAAAAUCUGGUUCCAGAACCGCCGGGCCAAAUGGAAACGUGUCAAGGCAGGAAACGCCAAUUCCAAGACGGGGGAGCCCUCCCGGAACCCCAAGAUCGUCGUCCCCAUCCCUGUCCACGUCAGCAGGUUCGCCAUUCGAAGUCAACAUCAGCAGCUGGAGCAGGCCCGACCCUAACGGCCCAGCCAGGUGGACGCCCCUGUGGAGAGGCCUGAGGCCUGAAGGAACCCGUGGCCGCUCCACUGUUUGUAGGGGAACUCAAAGGCGCCUCCCAGAUGUGGGCAUCCCAAGCAGAUUGAGAGUAUAUUCACUAGACGGGCCUAAGGGGGCCACAGCAGAAGAUACACUAAAUAUUUAUUAUAUGACCCUACUUUGUAUAUAGAUAUCGGUAUAGACUGGCCCUCAGCUGCAGUAUUUUGAAGGGGGCAGGACCGAACUCCUCUCCUCACACAGUCCAGACGAGUCAAAACCACCACUGUCCUCUGUCGCCCUCAGCGACCACCUUCCCAUACUUGCCCAAAGGUAACCGGGAGACACAGGGACAGACACUGGGGCUUAAUCUUAUUUUCUGUCUGUCUGUUUGUUUGUUUCUGCUCUGGCUUUUUGAGUUGAGCACAGAGCAGAUGUUUUCGGGCACUCUAGGAACCUGCUCUGCUCCUUUGCCUUUGCCUGGCUUUCUUUCCGGGGCUUGUAUAUGCUAUCUGAGCCAUGUCGGAAGCACGUCUCCGUUGUGUUUAAUUUAUUUCAAUGUAGCUUAUUUUCAUAUAAGUUAUGACAUUUAAACAAUCUCAGUCUUGUGAAUAAAAAAAAAAAA